AUGACUAGUAUUCAGCCUCUGCUACAAAAAUCAGAGUCCAAGGAUGAUGUUCGUGCCGAGUUUGAGCGAGGUUUGGAGGAAUUCAUGCGCGGGCACUUGGACGAGUGCAUCUCAUUUGGGUCAUGCAGUUCUGUUCACAACGAAGAAGACGAGGACGGCGAGGAUGAUCAGCUUGUGAGGAGGAGACGAAGGUCUCAUCUCGAAGGGGACAAUUUGGCUGAAUCAUCUGCUGCUAGAAGGCGCCAAUCCCAAAUCCUGAGCCGUUGGGCUGCAAGGCAAGCUCAGGAGAUGAUUACCACCAUUGAGAGGAGGAAUCGAGAGUCUGAGCUGAUUGCUCUGGCUGGUUUGCAAACUGUCUCCAUGCUCGAUUCGUCUUUCCUCAGGGAGUCUCAGCCUCCAUCCUCAAGGCGUCAGGGUGGUGUUAGCGAGAGGCCUAACACUCAAGCAUCUGGGAUCUUGCAGAUGUGGAGGGAGUUGGAAGAUGAGCAUGUUGUGAACAGGGCGCGUGAGAGGGUGAGAGAGAGAUUGAGGCAUCAGAGGAGUGCUGAGUCUAAUACUAACUUGUCUGGCUCUGUUGCAUCGGAGAGUCAGGUGAGUGAGAACAAUGAGAGUCCGAGGGAUUCGAGUGAGAGUGAGAAUGAUUAUGGAGCUUGGUCACAUGAUCGGAAUGAGAAUGGGGAUAAUAAUCUUUCCAGUAGGGAGCAGUCUCCUGAUCUUGGGGAUGGUGAGAGGGAAAGGGUGAGGCAUAUUAUCCGUGGAUGGAUGGAUAGUGGGAUUAAUGAUCGUUCGUCUAAUGUGAGGCCGAGAGAUAAUAACCGUAGAGCGGAGUGGCUUGGUGAUACUGAACGGGAAAGAGUCAGGGUUAUAAGGGAGUGGAUGCAAAUGACAAGUCAGCAGAGAGGAGCGGGAGCUCUUGCAACACCGAGAGAAGACCAGAGGUCUCUUACUUCUCAAGUCGAUGGGAAUCAUGACAGGGUCGGUACAGGGUUAGCUGUUAACCGUGAAGAAGGACAACCGCAACCGCAACUGCAACCGCAACAUGUUCGUCGAGACUUGCGGAGACUAAGAGGAAGGCAAGCGUUAAUUGAUUUGCUCAUGAGGGCUGAGAGAGAGAGACAACGGGAACUUCAGGGCUUGUUGGAGCAUCGUGCAGUCUCUGAUUUUGCUCACCGCAACCGGAUUCAGUCGCUUCUGAGAGGAAGAUUCUUGCGGAACGAGAGACCUGCAGAUCUAGAGAGAAGUCCAUCAACGGCUUCUAGGGAACUUUUUCAGCUAAGAGAAAGACAUACUGUCUCUGGUUUGAGGGAAGGAUUUCAUAACGGGAGGGAAAAUACUGUCCGUGACGAUAGUGAUAAUAGCAACAAUACCACAAACGCUCCCGCAAUUGCUACUACUGCUGAAGAUACUCAGCGUAUAACCGAUGAGAAUUCAACUUCUUCUAGACAAGGGAAUAAUAGUCCCCUUUUGCAUGAGGACUCUAGUAGGUCAGAAAGCAACCUAACAAAUGGAUAUAGAGAUUGGGAAGAGGAUACCAAUCAAAGAAGGGAAUGGGAGGACGACGUCACAACAGAUGAGAGGUUAAAUUUGCAACAAACAAUGUUAACGCAAUUUAAUGGAUUGGGAAAUGGUAACGCAAAUAUAGUCCGGGACGACACCUCGGUCAGUGACACAACGGUCAGUGACCUGCACCGAGAAUCCUCAGGGAUUACAAAUGAUGAAGAUCACACAGAAGAAGGUCAUGGUGUUUGGGAGGAGGAUAGCUCUAGACAACCUGAUGGGAACUGGCCCGAGACAUCGUCAGAAGGCCCAAGGAGUCCCCGCGUAGUACCAUUGAGAAGAUUAAGCAGGUUCCAUCCACCUGAGGAUGACAAUGUUUACAGCAUUGAACUCAGGGAACUCCUAAGCAGGAGAACGGUUUCUAAUCUACUACAUAGUGGAUUUCGUGAAAGUCUGGAUCAGCUGAUACAAUCAUAUGCUGAAAGGAGAGGACACACUCAAGUAGACUGGGAUCUACACGAUAACCUGGAAACAGCAAUCCCUGAUUCUCCAGAACGUGAGACAGACAACCAAGUAUUUGUACGGAACGAUAACCAGUUUAAUGGUCCACAAUUGCUUUCCGCUCCACCUUUGCCUCCACCCCAGCCAAUUUGGCAUCAAGACUUGCACCACACUAGCUGGUCUCAUCACUCUAUGCCUCGAUCUGAAAUUGAAUGGGAGGUAAUGAACGACCUAAGAGGAGACGUGGCAAGACUACAACAAGGGAUGAGCCAGAUGCAGAGAAUGCUUGAAGCCUGCAUGGAUAUGCAGUUGGAGCUGCAGCGUUCGGUUAGACAAGAGGUCUCUGCUGCCUUGAACCGACCUGCAGGUGGCCAAGCAGCAGGUACGAGCUCGGAAACAUCAGAGGACGGAUCAAGAUGGAGCAAUGUAAGGAAAGGGACUUGUUGCGUUUGCUGUGACAACCACAUUGAUGCCCUCUUGUAUAGAUGUGGGCACAUGUGUACUUGCUCAAAAUGUGCGAAUGAGCUUGUAAGGACCGGAGGUAAGUGUCCGCUUUGUAGAGCACCCAUCAUGGAGGUCAUCCGGGCCUACUCCAUUUUAUAA